AUGAGCACGCGACGACGAAGUUCUCUCUCGCAGUCUCUGUCCAGCAGCAACGGUGGUAGUACCAGCCAACGCCGUCGAUCUUCCACCACCAAUAAGCGUCCUUCGCUGAGAGACAGCGUACGACGGAGUUCCAAGAGGCUGUCUCAAAACACCAUGGACGAAGUGAAUAUUCAAUUAGGCAGGAUGUCUACGACAGACGACACCCCCGCCAGUGGAAAAGAACGCCGAGCUCGACGAAAAUCAAGAAAGGAAGACUAUGACCGAAUAAAGGAUAAUCGAUCGGACCGUGUGGGAGCCUUGCAAGGACAAUGGUCGUCGCAUCGCAGGAGUUUUAUUUCGGAAGAAGAAGAACUCGAUCGAUUGGUCAAGGAAAGCUCAAAGUCCUGGACAUGUUGUGGUGCCACGCUGUGUUGUGGGUGGUAG